AUGGAAGCCAAGGAGCAAACAUGGCAAAAAGAACGAGAAUCACUAGUCAAAGACUCCUUUGCUACACUGCAGGCCAAAUUCUAUGAGGUGCAGGCAGAAAAUAUGGAACUGAGGGCGUUGCGAGUCAAAGAACAGCCGCAACCAGAAACAAAGGGAAGACCAUUUCCUCCACCACCUAACUUUAUCAGUGCCAGCAUGGCAGAAGCAGAGGCCAAGAAGCAGCUGUUCCCACCACCACCCAACUUCAUCAGCGCCAGCAUGGCAGAAGCAGAGGCCAGAAAGAAGCAGUUCCCACCUCCACCAAAUUUCGUCAGUGCAAGCAUGGCAAAGGAAGCUGGUAUGGAUACUGGGGACACCGCAGCUGCUUCAGCAUCUGCUCCUGGGGGCAUGGGUGAUGUCAACACUGCCAUGGCUAUCCUCGCAGCACGUAACAGGAGUAUUGAAUCCAAGAAGUCACCUGGAGCAGCUGCAGUUGGCUCUCAAGAUCAGCCAAAGAGCAUGGGAUUUGUGCCACCUCCCAUGCCCAACUUCAUCAGUGCAAGCAUGGCCAAAGAAGCAGAGAUGGCAAAGGGAACUAGCUUCCCACCACCACCAAACUUCAUCAGUGCAAGUAUGGCAGAAGCAGAGGCCAAGAAGCAGCUGUUCCCACCACCACCCAACUUCAUCAGUGCAAGCAUGGCAGAAGAGGAGGCCAGAAAGAACUUCCCACCUCCACCAAACUUCAUCAGUGCAAGCAUGGCAAAGGAAGCUGGUAUGGAUACUUCAACAGCAGUGGCUGCUCCAGGGGGCAUGGGAGAUGUUGACACUGCCAUGGCUAUCCUGGCAGCUCGCAACAGGAGCAUUGCAUCGAAGAAAUCUCCUUUGCCACUUGCAGCUGGCGCUCCAGAUCAGCCAAAGAGCAGGGGAUUUGUGCCACCUCCAAUGCCGAAUUUCAUCAGCGCUAGCAUGGCCGCACAAGCAGAUGAGCAAAAGAGGACUAGCUUCCCACCACCACCAAACUUCAUCAGUGCCAGCAUGACAGAAGCAGAGGCGAAGAAGCGGCUGUUCCCACCACCAUCCAACUUCAUCAGUGCAAGCAUGGCUGAAGCAGAGGCCACGAGAAAGGCUUUCCCACCUCCACCAAACUUUAUUAGCGCAAGCAUGGCAAAGGGUGCAGGAGAGGCUUCUGGUGCUCCAACCGGCAUGUCAGUUCCUGGUGAUCCUGGUGAUGUGAACACUGCCAUGGCUAUACUUGCAGCAAGGAACAGAAGUAAUGGAGGAAAGGCAGGCUCAACUGCAGACCUAGAGGCCAGAUUUCAUCAGGUUGUGUCAGAAAUGCAGGAACUCAAAAUUGCCUUAGAUAUGGAGAGGAAACAAUGGCAACAGGAGAGGGAAUCUCUUGUCAGGAAUUCAUUCGCAAAUCUCCAGUCCAAGUUCCAUGAGGUCAAGGCAGAGAAUCAGGAAUUGAGGACAUUAUUGGAGUAUCAACAGCAAGAAGUUGUAGAAGAGGUAGAAAUUGAAGGAAGAAGUUUCUUCCCACCACCACCAAACUUCAUCAGUGCCAGCAUGGUGCAGAAAGCGCAAGCCCAACAAGGGCGCAAUUUCCCUCCUCCGCCCAACUUCAUCAGUGCAAGCAUGGCGGAAGAAGAGGCCAGAAAGAAGAAUUUCCCACCUCCACCAAACUUCAUCAGUGCAAGCAUGGCAAAGGAAGCUGGUAUGGAUACUUCAACAGCAGUGGCUGCUCCUGGGGGCAUGGGUGAUGUCAACACUGCAAUGGCUAUUCUCGCAGCUCGCAACAGGAGUAUUGCAUCCAAGAAAUCUCCUUCACCACUUGCAGCUGGCCUUCAAGAUCAGCCAAAGAGCAAGGGAUUUGUGCCACCUCCAAUGCCGAACUUCAUCAGCGCUAGCAUGGCCAAACAUGCAGAUGAGCAAAAGAGGACUAGCUUCCCUCCUCCACCAAACUUUAUCAGUGCAAGUAUGGCACAAAAGAAGCAAAUUUCAUUCCCGCCUCCUCCAAAUUUCAUCAGUGCAAGCAUGGCAGAGGCAGAGGCCAAGAGCAAUGCUUUCCCACCUCCACCAAACGUUAUUAGUGCAAGCAUGGAAAAGGAUGCAGGAAUGAUGACUUCAGGCGCUCGAAGUUCUUCAGUUUCCGGUGAUGCUGGUGAUGUCAAUACUGCCAUGGCUAUUCUUGCAGCAAGGAAUGCAGGCACCACAAACAGAACUGUGCCUGUUGGUGAUCUUGAAGCAAAGUACCAGCAGCUGAGUAUUGCAUCCAAGAAGUCGCCUGGAGCAUUUGCAGCUGGUUCUCCAGAUCAGCCAAGGAGCAGGGGAUUUGUGCCGCCUCCAAUGCCCAACUUCAUCAGUGCAAGCAUGGCCAAAGAAGCAGAUAAGCAGAAGAGAACUAGCUUCCCUCCACCACCAAACUUCAUCAGUGCCAGCAUGGCAGAAGCAGAGGCCGAGAAGCAGCUGUUCCCACCACCACCCAACUUCAUCAGUGCAAGCAUGGCAGAAGAAGAGGCCAGAAAGAAGAAUUUCCCACCUCCACCAAAUUUCAUCAGUGCAAGCAUGGCAAAGGAAGCUGGUAUGGAUACUUCAACAGCAGUUGCUGCUCCCGGGGGCAUGGGUGAUGUCAACACUGCCAUGGCUAUUCUUGCAGCAAGGAAUGCAGGCAAUACAAACAGAAAUGUGCCUGUUGGUGACCUUGAAGCAAAGUACCAGCAGCUGUUAGCAGAAAAGGAGGAACUAAGGGCCAGUUUGAAGACUAAGGAGCAAGACUGGCAGAGAGAACGAGAGAAUCUAGUGAAGAACUCAGUUGCCUGCCUAGAGGCUAGAUUCCAAGAUAUCAAGCAAGAGAAAGAGGAGCUAGAAACUUUACUCUCUGCUGAGAGGACGCUAUGGAAGAAGGAGCGUGAAACUCUUGUCCAAAUGACUCAUGAUCCCCUGCCAGCCAGUUUUUGCAGCGCAAGCAUUGCUCAGAAAGCACAAGCCCAACAAGGGCGAACUUUCCCUCCACCACCAAACUUCAUCAGUGCGAGCAUGGCAGAAUCAGAGUCCAAGAAGCAGCUGUUCCCACCUCCGCCCAACUUUAUCAGUGCAAGCAUGGCAGCAGAGGAGGCCAGAAAGAAGCAGUUCCCACCUCCACCCAAUUUCAUCAGUGCCAGUAUGGCAAAGGAAGCUGCUAUGGAUACUACAGCAGUGGCUGCUUCAGGGCAUUCAGGUGACAUCAACACUGCCAUGGCUAUCCUCGCAGCUCGCAACAGGAGCAUUGCAUCCAAGAAGUCACCUGUACCAGUUGCCGCUGGUUCUCAAGAUAUGAGCAAGGGAUUUGUGCCACCUCCCAUGCCCAACUUCAUCAGUGCCAGCAUGGCCAAAGAAGCAGAGGCCAGAAGAAGCUUUCCCUCAACCACCAAACUUCAUCAGUGCCAGCAUGGCCGAAGCAGAGGCCAAGAAGCAGCUGUUCCCACCACCACCCAACUUCAUCAGUGCCAGCAUGGCAGAAGCAGAGGCCAGAAACUUACCACCACCACCCAACUUCACAGUGCAAGCAUGGCGGAAGCAGAGGCCAGAAAGAAGAACUUCCCACCUCCACCAAACUUCAUCAGUGCAAGCAUGGCAAAGGAAGCUGCCAAAGCGCAAGGGAUUUUCGCCACCUCCUAUGCCCAACUUCAUCAGUGCAAGUUGGCCAAAGAAGCAGAUGAGCAAAAGAGAAGCUGCUUCCCACCACCGCCAAACUUCAUCAGUGCCAGCAUGGCAGAAGCAGAGGCCAAGAAGCAGCUGUUCCCACCACCGCCCAACUUCAUCAGUGCAAGUAUGGCAAAAGAGGCUGGUAUGGAACUUGGGGGUUCUUCAAGAGUGUCAGUUGUUGGAGAUGUUGGUGAUGUGAACACUGCCAUGGCUAUUCUUGCAGCAAGGAACCGGGAAACCUCAGGCAAAACGAGUGUGACGAAACAUCUGGAAGCGAGAUAUCAUGAGAUGGUGGCAGAAAUGAGACAACUCAAAGGCGCUCUAGAGAUGGAGAGAGUACAGUGGCAACAGGAGAGGGAAGCUCUUGUCAGGAAUUCAUUUGGCAAGCUCCAGUCCAAGUUCCAUGAGGUGAAUGCAGAAAACGAGGCAUUGAGGGCAUUGCUUGAAAAUCAACAGCAAGAAGUUGUAGAAGAGGUAGAUAUCGCAGGAAGAAGUUUCUUCCCACCACCACCAAACUUCAUCAGUGCCAGCAUGGUGCAGAAAGCACAAACCCAACAAGGGCGCAAUUUCCCUCCUCCACCCAACUUCAUCAGCGCAAGCAUGGCAGAAGAAGAGGCCAGAAAGAAGAAUUUCCCACCUCCACCAAACUUCAUCAGUGCAAGCAUGGCAAAAGAAGCUGGUAUGGAUACUUCAACAGCAAUAGCUACUCCCGGGGGCAUUGGUGAUGUCAACACUGCCAUGGCUAUCCUCGCAGCUCGCAACAGGAGUAUUGCAUCCAAGAAGUCGCCUGGAGCAUUUGCAGCUGGCUCUCCAGAUCAGCCAAAGAGCAGGGGAUUUUGGCCACCUCCAAUGCCAACUUCAUCAGUGCAAGCAUGGCCAAAGAAGCAGAUGAGCAAAGAGAACUAG